UAUUUUUAGUGUGAAAUAGGGAAAGCUAGUGCCCAACUCUCCGGUCGCGGUCUUCUUCCAGCCAAAUCUAGGGUUCUCUCCGAUCUCUGCUGCGUUUCAGGUUCCUUGCCCCUGAAACGCCGUCGUUUUUGUUCCUAAUUCGUCGAAAUGAAGCUCACUGUGAAGACUCUCAAAGGAAGCCACUUCGAAAUUAGGGUUCAGCCCACCGACACCGUUAUGGCUGUCAAGAAAAAUAUUGAAGAUAUACAAGGAAAGGAUAAUUAUCCUUGUGGUCAGCAAUUAUUGAUUCACAACGGGAAAGUUCUGAAAGAUGAAAGUACUCUGGCAGAAAACAAAGUAUCCGAAGAGGGCUUUCUAGUUGUAAUGCUCAGCAAGAGCAAAACAUCAGGCUCAGUAGGGCAGUCCUCGACUCAGCCUGCUCAAAGCCCUCCUGUAGCUCAACCAGUUUUAAAUUCAACUCCGACAACUCAAGUGACACCAUCACCGACUCCUGCACUCCAAGCUCCCACGCAAGCACCGUCGUCUGCCCCUAGGAACACUACAUCUACUUCAGACAGGGUGGCAGAUAAUGUGCAGACAGAUACAUAUGGUCAAGCUGCUUCAAAUUUGGUCGCUGGUAAUAACCUGGAACAGACUAUUCAACAAAUAAUGGAUAUGGGGGGUGGCAAUUGGGACAGAGAAACAGUUGUUCGUGCACUAAGAGCUGCUUAUAAUAAUCCAGAGCGAGCAGUGGACUACUUGUACUCUGGUAUUCCAGAAACAGCAGAAGUUGCAGUCCCAGUGGCUCGCUUCGGUUCUGGUCAAGCCACUGAAACUGAUGCAUCUCUCGCUGCACCUGCCUCUGGAGCACCUAACACAGCCCCCUUAAAUAUGUUUCCUCAGGAGGCCCUUUCUGGUGGUGGUGGUGGUGGUGGUGGUAACCUUGGAUCUCUUGAAUUCCUUAGAAACAAUCCUCAGUUCCAAGCCCUGCGAACGAUGGUGCAUACAAAUCCUCAGAUCUUACAGCCCAUGCUUCAAGAACUUGGCAAGCAGAAUCCCCAGCUCUUGAGACUCAUUCAAGAUCAUCAUGCAGAGUUCCUUCAGUUAAUUAACGAACCUCUCGACAAUUUUGAGGGAGAUAUGUUUGAGCAGGCUGAGCAGGACAUGCCUCAUGCCAUUAAUGUCACCCCAGCUGAACAGGCAGCCAUUGAACGACUCGAGGCAAUGGGAUUUGAUAGAGCCUCAGUCAUCGAGGCAUUUUUGGCGUGUGAUCGCAAUGAGGAACUAGCAGCUAACUACUUACUGGAGAAUUCUGGAGAUUUUGAUGAUUAACGAAUGAGCGAUUAAUGUUAACCGUGCUGGAUUCAUUAUUUUUGGUGCUGAGAUGAAUUGGUAACCUUGUCACAGCAUUCUUCACUUUCUGAGUCUUCUUUGCAUUGCAUUUUAUAUACGGUACUAAUAAAUUAGGAAAAUUAAUUCUUCAAGCAUGGUCGUUUCGAUUUAGAGAAUUGGAAUUUUAUGUCUCAUUUGUUGCUAACUGGUUAGCAUUGGAGAUAGAACUUAAGAUUUCAAAAUUCUUCCUUUUUUUUUUUGUUUAAUGUAAAUAUUAUUGUCGAAAAAUAUUGACAGAUUUUUGACAUCUAUAUAUCAUGGUUAUUGGAA